GAGGGAGAUGAUUUUCUUAAAGAGUCUUGAGUCCACAUCGCGUUAACUUUUCUCUAUGAUAAUUUUUUGCUUCUCCAUUUCGAGGUUAACAUUGAUCUUGCCACUUAAUUAUUUUAAAUGUUCGGUUAAUUGUUGCUCUUCACUUUUAAUUGUUACGAAUUUGUGUUAAUCAAUUGAUUAUGGAUCGUAGUCAAUUCUGUGAAUCGUUAUAAGAUCAUCAUCAAUCUUCAUUAUGAUGAAAUAUGAUUAAUAUCUUUUUCCCCUUUUCUUCUGUAAAUUGUUAUUUCUUCUCUAAUUUUCUCUUCUCAGAUAACAAUUAACACCAUAAUUAAAUCUUUAAUAACUUACAGUUUUAAUCAUCUCAGAUAUUCAAGGUAAAUUGUUCCAAUUGGAAAAUAAAACCAAACAAUUAACCAACUUUAUGACUGAUAAACUUUUAACUUUUCAUUGCGACAACAACAAUUCAUCGGGAUCAUCGUAUUCACUAAUUCAGGACUAAUUGUGUUUCUUUGUGAUUUACUAAUUGUGUUGCUCUUUUUUGGUGACAAUUAUAACCAGUGAUUGUUAUUUAGCCUAUGAAACGGACAAUCGAUACAUACAAUACAUAGAAAAUAAAAUGGCCUCUGAGACCGAAGAAAAAGACAUUGAGAAUAAGGUGGAUUCUAAAAAGUCGGGUCGUCCUUUGAGGGUCAAGUUCAUUCGUUAUGGGGCGAUCGCUGGGAUUCUCGGAACUCUAUUCGCUGCCCUUCAACCCUGGACCAUAGAAAAAGUCAUUAGUUCACAAAUUAAAAUCGACCCUUCGUUACCUGGUUAUAUGUUCUGGGAACGGGUUCCAUUGCCGAUCAUCACUAAAUUCAAUUUAUUUAACAUUGAAAAUCCUGAUCAAUUCUUGAAAGGAGGUAAAUUAAAAGUUCGCGAGGUUGGACCUUUCGUAUUAUCACAGGAAAGAUGGAAAGAGGUAAUUGAAUUCAGUGAUAAAACCGUCAAGUACUACGAAUGGCGUAAUUACACAAUUCUUUACGAACAAUCAAACGGGUCUUGGGAUCAAGAGAUCACAGUUCUUAAUCCAUUGGUCGCUUCGGUUGGUGCGAUUAUUGGAGAUAAAUUGGAACAGUUAAUUCCCGUUCCGUUGGCUGUCAGUCCUUUCGUCUAUUCAACUGUUUCCGCUCUUCUACUUGUCCAUAGUCAGAACUUUUUCCUCAAGACUACACCUCGAAAUCUAAUUAUUGGCCAACGAGUUAAUCUACUGGACACAGUGACCACUCUAAUUAAACCUCUUGAAUUGUUGGGUGUUAAGGCUUCUGACUUAAUUCCAACGGAAGAUUUACCCAAUAAUACAUUUGGACUAAUUAACGGUAAAAAUUUCACUCGAAUGGGACCUUGGGAGGUUUACACAGGUAUCGAUGUACCAAAGGAAAUGUAUGCAGCCGCAGUUGGAUUUAAAAACGAAAGGUUAAUGAAACGAUGGGCUGGACCUGAAUGUAAUACCCCCAAGGGGACUGACGGAAUUCAAUUUCAACCCUUAAUUAACAGGACAACUAAAUUAACUGUGUUCGCCGGUGAUAUUUACAGAUCGGUUGAUUUAACUUAUGCUGAAGAUGCUGAUUACUUCGGGAUUCCCGUUUACAAGUACGUUAUUGGACCUGAAGUAUUUGAUCCGCCGAGUGUUAAUCCCGACAAUGCUUGUUAUUGUGUCCAUACUGGUAAAAAGAAAUCACGAUGUGAACACACUGGUAUCCUCGAUUGUACCGGUGGGUUUUCUGGGUCACCUUUUAUUGUUACCAGGCCACAUUUUCUUGACGCAGAACCAGAAAUCCAGCGACAAGUUGAAGGUUUGUCGCCAGACCGAGAGAAACAUGAAUUUUACCUUCUCGUUAAGCCUGAUCUUGGGGUACCUCUUUCGGCUAAAGGUCGAUUACAGUUUAACCUUCGGGUUGAACGGGUUCCAUUUCUUCGGGGUUUUAGUAAUAUUCGUGAUACAAUUGUUCCCCUGGGGUGGAUUGAAGAAGGAGGUGAUCUAGACGGUGCUUUGUAUUAUCUACUCAAGGGAGGUCUUAUUGUCGCUCCAAUGGUCACCACAGCGGGUUUCUAUUCCGCUGCUAUCGGUGGUUGGGCGGCUUUUAUGGGCGGUCUUAUUUACCUUGUUGCUCGUAAGUCUGGUAAAGGUAAAGUUGGAAAUGCUGAUAAAUUGUUUGCACCUCGAAUGUCGCCAACAAAAGAGGAAUUAAUCAAAGAUUCUGGUAAAGUUGAUCAAACGAAAAUGUCUCUUAAUCAACAACAAUCAACUAUGAAUGGAGUUUUAGUUCCUCUUGAUUAUAAUCAAUCAUCGGGGAUGUUAAACAAUACGUUGACAUUGGUCAAUGGGUCAGGUUAUAUUCCGUCAAGAGGAACAGGUCCAAUUUCAAUCAUACCAGUAAACUCUCAAGAAAUGUACACACCAUCACCGGUAAUUCAAUUUUAUCGACUUCCACCUCAAAUGAAUCAAAGUGGACAAUUCGAUCAGCUUUUAUUGACCAUACCCAAUGGAAAUAUUGAUGCAGGAGGAGGAGGUGGUGGUGGAGGUGGAACAGUGCCCAAAAUAAUGUGGACUGAGAGACAAUCUAAGUCCGUAAAAGAAAGAACCGUAAAAGGCCGGGAAAAAAUGACUCGAGGCCGAAGUUUACCUCCUCGAGAAAAGGCCAAUCAACGAUCGAAGAGAAUUCAAGUGACCUCAAAGGAGACACAGGAUAGGUUUGUCCAGGACAACAAACGACCUUCACUAGGAGAUGCUAUUGCUCGUAGUGUUUCGGCCACUUUACCUGGAACAUUUACUGUGGGUUCUAAGAAGAAUAGCGAAAAUCGAUCAACUUACUCGGCAGUUUCACGAUAUCAAUCAAUUGACCCUCGUGAAUCUGAAGAUGAUGAAGAUGAAGUGACCCUUUUCGAAAGGAACUCAACAACAGAAUCAGAAGCAGCAACACCUCAAAGCGGUUAUGAUACUACUGAGGAGAAACAAGAAGUAAAAUCUUAUUCAGCAAAGAGAGUUAACAACUUACCGGAAGUCGAGACACCAGAACGACUGGGAAGUCCAUCAUUUUCCGAUGACUUUUCAAUUGGAUCACAAGCUUCUCGAACCUCUUCAGUUAAGAGUUUAAUUCAACCUCGAAACAACAAUAGACCAAGACGAGAACCAGAAGAGCCCAGAACAAAAUCAUCAUGUCUUAUAUCUUAACUCAAAGACGAUUUGAACUAAAAAAAUGUAGAAAAGAAAAUAUUAAUCUCUUAUUAAUUGAUUAAAUUGAGAAUCAACUAAA